AGCUGUUGUAAACCACACUCAUCUUACACCUCACCAUGUCAGCCAUAUAUUCUGAGGCCCAGGUCGCUGGGUUCCUCAAACAUCUUCAAAUCCCUCAAGAAUUCUACGUGGGCAAUGAAGCUAUUCUGGACCAUGCGUUUCUCAAAGUGCUACAUCAGCAUAUGAUCGCAACAGUCCCAUAUGAUAACUUGACGCUGCAUUACUCGUCACAUCGCAACAUCACUCUCGAGCCUCAAGCUCUGUACCAAAAGAUCGUGGGGGACGGGCGCGGAAGAGGAGGUUACUGCAUGGAGAGUAACCUCUUUUUCUGUUACAUGCUGAGAGCCCUUGGUUUCCAAGUAUAUCCCGUCGGUGUGCGAGUUCGUCUGCGAAACAACGGCAUUCCUUUUGGUGGUUACCCUGGGUGGGUUCACAUUGUCAACAUUGUAACUCUACCUGACAAUUCUCGCUGGGUUAUGGAUGCUUCAUUUGGCGGCGACGGCCCAACACAGCCCAUGCCUUUGGUCGAGGGCGCUGAGUGGCACAAUAUGGGCACACAAACCGCACGUCUUAUCAAGGACUUCAUUCCCGGCCAGACAGAGCUCACAUCCGGCCGCCGUCUCUGGAUCUACCAGUGCCGCAACUCUCCCGACCUGCCCUGGACCAGCUUCUAUGCUUUCAGUCACUCAGUUGAAUGGCUGCCAGCCGAUUUCGAGAUCACCAACUGCUACACGGGCACAAGCCCACGCAGCUUCCAGACAUCGACGGUUCUGAUUGUCAAGUUCCUUCUAAGAGAGAGCAAAACGUCACCAACGGGCGAGGAGAUCUACGGGAAACGAAUGCUGAUUAACGAUGUGGUUAAGGAGAACCCUGGAGGUAAGACAAAGGUUCUGAAAGAGUUGAAGACGGAGGACGAGAGAGUGGAGGCGUUGAAGGAGUAUUUUGAUAUUGAUUUAACGACGGAAGAGAGGGAGGCUAUCAAGGGCUUCCAGACUGAGAUUAAGAGCGAGUAG